AUGAGAACAAACAAUGACUUUACGAAUCAAAAUAUUUUCAAUAACAAUCAUAUGAUAAAAAUACGAAUCAAUGACAGCUAUGAAGUUUCCCUCGAUAUUAACAACGCAAUCUCCAAGUCUGACGCAAUUAAAAAUUUGAUCUUUUUAAAUCAGGCAACAAACGAGAUCAAUUUCGAAAUACCUAUCAAGGAUAUUGAAACAUAUAAAUUUUUAGACAAAUAUUUUCAGACCGGCAUGCCAAAUCAUUUAUUUAAAAAAAAUCAGCUUGAUGAUUUGCUAAAUAUAGGAAUUGCAAUGCAAAUACCCGAAUUCCUUCAAAUCUACAUGGCUUACAACCCAUAUUCUAACGAUUUAUUUAAUAAUUUCAUUGAAAUAUUCCGUUACAUUGACUUUUCAGCGGAAUUUGUCAAAUAUUGUGUUGAAAAUUACAAUGAGUUAGGUGAAGAAAAGAUCAUCUAUGCAUGUCUAAAAAUAGGACUUGAUUUUUCCGAGUUAUUAAUUUUCAAUCUACAAAAUGCACAAAUUAAAAAUGAAUUCAUUGCAGAUUUGAUUGCGAAUGACAGUAAAUUCUUACAUUUAUUAACUUAUUACGAUAGAUCUCUUUUCAAAGUCGAAGAUUACAACAAGAUUUCGAAAUCAGUUUCAUUAAAAAAAGAUUAUAACGAGAUCUACAAUGAUUUCGCCAUGUUUUCCAUUAAUUACAUCAAAAACAAAUCUUUAAACAGGACAAAGUUCACACAAACAAUGAAAAUUGAGGAAGAAAAAAUUAUGAAAAUCAAAAAUUUGCAAAAAACCCAAUUCGAAUAUUUAGCGAAAAAACUAACAGAAAUGAAAAACAAACACAAGAAAAGGCAGUGGAUAUUAUGUUUGAUAACUAUUGUUUUAUUUGUUCUUCUUGCUUAUUUCGCGAAAGAUCAUUUACCAAACGUAAAAAUUUAUGAUGAAAAACUCGCCGCUUUGUUUAACUUAUGGAGAAACAGCACAGAAGACAGGGAAUUUCGGCAAAAUAUGAAGAAUUAUUCGAAAUUAAUUAAAGGAGUAAGAGAUAUUAAUUUGAAAGAUGAAGAAGGAAAAACUCUUGUUUAUAAUGCUUAUUAUCAACGUAAUUAUAAGUUUGUUAAUAUUCUUGUUGAAAACGGUGCAGAUUUAAAUAUUCCUUAUAAAAAUGAAUCGUGUUGUCUUCAAUUAGCAAUAUUAAGGAAAGAUUAUCAUUAUAUUAAAUACUUUAUUGAUCAUGGUGCUAAUAUUAAUAAUCCUCCAAGAAUCAAAGAAUUAUAUGAAAGAUAUAUUUCGAAAACACAUAUGCAGCCGAUGCUUUAUUACGCAAUACAAUCAGGUGAUGUUAAGAUUGUUAGAGAUCUUAUUAAUUAUGGUGCAAAUAUUAAUGCAUAUUAUAUCUCUGAUGAUGGUCAUCUUAAACCGAUAUCUCAAUUUGCUGUGGAAAAUGGAUCUGAUGAAAUUAUCGAUCUAUUCUUAAAUAAUAGAAAAUUGGAUUUGAAUUUGGUUGAAAUAGAAAAUUAUGAAUCACUUUUACAUGUUUCAUGCAGAUAUAAUAAAACAAAAAUUAGCAUUAGACUUAUAAAUAUGGGUUGCAAUGUUAAUGCAAUUCAAAAACAUAGCAAACAAACACCUUUGACAAUCACAUACUUUAAUCAAAAUAUAGAAGUUUUUGAACAUCUUCUGAAAAAUGGUGCAAACACAGAAAUACUGUAUAAUUCAAAAACAUUAUUGCAUCGAACAGUUGAAGAAGAAAAGUAUGAAUUUGCAAAAAUGUUACUUAAAUAUCAUGCAAAUGUAAAUUCAAUUGAUGCAAAUCGUGAAACACCUCUCCAUAUCGCCAGCAAAUUGAAAAAUACAUCUUUCUUAAUUCUGCUAAUUAAUAAAGGUGCAGAUGUCAAUGCUAUAGCAAAUUAUGGAGUAACACCAUUUCUUGUUGCUAGUAAUAACAGUAUCGAAGCUUGUGCAAUACUUCUCGACAGAGGCGCAAAUAUAAAUGAUAAAGAUGAUUAUGGACAGACAGCUUUUUAUAAUUGCAUGAUCCAUAAUUAUUUCAAAUUCGGAAUUACUCUUAUCGAAAGAGGGAUAAAAGUAAGUCAUUCAUUUUUCGUUAAUACGAAGUUACCUCCUGACUUCAAAAUCGAUAGUGAAUAUGCAAAGAACUUAAGAAGAAGAGGCUUCGUUAUUAAUGAAGCUUAUAUAGCGGAAUAA